AUGGUCUCGACUAGUAAAAUUAAAUCGGUGGAUUUUUACAGGAAAAUUCCCAGGGACUUGACCGAGGCAUCACUAUCAGGUGCUGGAUUGUCAGUUAUAGCCGCUUUUUCGAUGGUCUUCUUGUUUGGAAUGGAACUGAAUGAUUAUUUGACAGUGAGCUCCUCUACAUCUGUUGUUGUUGAUAAGAGUUCUGAUGGGGACUUUUUACGAAUUGAUUUCAAAUCAAGAUUUCUUUUACCAUCUCUAUUAAUGGCUCCUUCAAUUUUCUUUAACAGUUUUCCUACACUGUCUUGUGAAUUUGCUUCUGUCGAUGUCAGCGAUGUCUUGGGAACAAAUAGAUUGAAUAUAACUAAGACGGUCCGCAAAUACUCAAUAGAUUCAAAUUUAAAUCCUACUGGUUCUGAGUUUCAAUCAGGACCUGUUGCUAAAGCAAUUAAGCACGAUGAUGAAUCCGACGAAGAGUAUAAUGAAGGAUCUGUUGUACUCACUGGGAACAAUUUUGAUAGAAUAUCACACAGGCAUCCCAUUUUGGUAGUAAAUUUCUUUGCCCCUUGGUGCUAUUGGAGCAACCGCCUGAAACCUUCAUGGGAGAAAGCAGCCAACAUCAUCAGAGAAAGGUAUGAUCCGGAGAUUGAUGGGCGUAUUCUAAUGGGGAAGGUUGAUUGCACUGAAGAAGUAGAUUUGUGUAGAAGGAAUCACAUACAAGGGUAUCCAUCUAUCCGCAUCUUCCGCAAAGGAAGUGAUGAUCAUGGCCAUCAUGAACAUGAGUCAUAUUAUGGAGAUCGUGAUACAGAGACCCUAGUUAAGACAAUGGAGGAAUUGGUGGCAUCAAUAUCUUUGCUGGCUCAAAAGGGUUCAGAUAGUCCGUCCACUGAAAAGAAAGAUGACGCUAAACGGCCUGCACCUUCAUCUGGAGGAUGUAAAAUUGAGGGUUUUGUACGCGUGAAGAAGGUCCCUGGGAAUCUCAUCGUGUCUGCUCGUUCAGCUUCUCAUUCAUUCGACCCGACUCAGAUGAACAUGUCGCAUAUUAUUUCCCAUUUCUCUUUCGGCAAAAAGAUCACCCCAAGGGAAAUGAGUGACAUGAAGCGCGUGCUGCCAUAUCUUGGUGGGAGCCAUGACCGUUUGACUGGCCAGUCGUAUAUCAGCAACCCAAGUGAUUCUGAUGCAAAUGUUACCGUUGAGCAUUAUCUUCAAGUUGUGAAAACUGAAGUGAUGACUAGAUCUUACAAAUUAGUGGAGGAGUACGAGUACACGGCCCACAGUAGUUUGGUUCACAGUAUCCAUAUACCUGUCGCGAAAUUUCAUUUCGAGCUAUCGCCAAUGCAGGUACUUUCUCAAUUCUUAUUAAAGGUCGUCAAAUUUUUUCCCCCAGUUUAUUAUAAUGUUUUAUUUCUCCUUCAGGUCUUAAUAACUGAGAACUCUAAAUCUUUUUCACACUUCAUUACAAACGUCUGUGCGAUUAUUGGUGGGGUUUUCACGGUUGCUGGGAUACUAGACGCGAUUCUGCACAAUACUUUUAGGCUUAUGAAAAAGGUUGAACUGGGGAAGAACUUUUAA